ACAAUACCCGCGUAUCACAGUGGUAUGAAUUCUGCAAAGAAAGGCCAAACGAGAAAAACAAUUAAUAUAGCAGCAACUAGCAAUCAUCCGCUAUUAUCUUACUACCACCAUCAUCAUCAUUACUGCCAUCAACGCCAACACAUAUUGUUCGAAAGCAACCGAAAUUUUCAGCUGAAUGAUUUUCAUUCUAUUCAUUGUUUUUGCGGGUGCACAAUCAUAAGUCCCCAUCAUUAAACAUUCGAGGCGUCACAUAUAAAUCUACAUCUAUAAACCACAAAACCACAGUCGUAUUCCCUUUUCCUUGAACAUUUUUAGGUCACAAAUGAAUCAAUAAAAUAUGGAGCCCAUUAAGAAGCUCAUUUGGUUGUGCAUCGUCAUCCUUAUGAUUAUUAGUAAUGUAUGUGCCGAUACAGACUGGUUGCAAAAGUGUGGUAUUUGUCGAUGUAAAUGGAAUUCCGGCAAGAAAACGGCUGAGUGUAGAAAUACAUCGAUGACGGUUGUGCCAACGGAAAUGAGCAGCGAAUUACAAGUCAUCGAUUUGUCGUUUAAUCAAAUACCUGAACUACGUAGGGAUGAGUUUAAGGAUGCAAAUAUCGAAAACUUGCAUAAAAUCUACAUGAAGAACUGCACAUUGCAGGAAAUUAAUCGUGAUGCUUUGGGGGGACUGCAGGUGUUAAUCGAAUUGGACUUUUCAAAUAACUAUAUCAAAGUGCUACAUCCGGGAACGUUUAGCGGUUUAAUUAAACUGAGAACUCUGAUUUUAAAUAACAAUGAACUGGAAGUGUUGGAAGAUUAUUUGUUUGAAAAUCUUUCGUUUUUAUACAAAGUGGAACUAAAGGAUAAUAAGCUCCAUCGAAUCGGUUUGCAAACGUUUGUGGAAUGCCAAAGUUUGAUCCAGAUAUUUUUGGACUCGAAUCGUUUGAGCAUAUUGAAGCAGGAAACGUUCGACAAGAUGAGUAAAUUGAAAAGUUUAUCGCUGAGUGAAAAUCCGUGGAAUUGUACCUGUGAAUUGCAACAAUUCCAAAAGUUUGUAAUGAAAGGUAAUCUAUACACACCACCCACCCAAUGCAAUGAGCCAUCACAUUUACGUGGAAAAUUAUGGUCUGACAUACCAGCCGAUAAUUUUGCAUGCCGUCCCCGUAUAAUCCAACCAAAAGCUGGCUCAGCAACUAUCGAUGCAACCAAUGAAAAUGUUACACUCACGUGCCGUAUUAAAGGCUCACCAAAACCAGAUAUUGCAUGGUUGUAUAACAAACGACCGCUUAAUAACAAUGACCAACGGAUUCAUAUAAAGGAUUCCCAAGAGAUUAAUCGUCGGGAUUCAUUAGACAUAUAUACGUCCGAAUUGAUAAUUGUCGGUGUACGCUCUCUCGACAAAGGAACAUACACUUGCUCGGCGAAAAAUAAUGGCGGAAAAGAUGAAGCAGAAAUUAUUUUAACUAUACCAGCAGUUAAUGUCGAUGGCGGAGCUGUGGCAACAUCCUCAUCGAAUUUAGUGUUGUUGAUAUGUUUAAUUGUGAUCAUAUUUCUGGCGUUGUUAAUUAUUGUGGUGCUGGUGUUAUUUUGCUACUGUCGUCGAGUUCGAAAGUACACCAAGAACGGUUCAAUUAGCGAAAACGGAUUAGUAUCCAGUAAAAUGGAUAAGACCCAGAACGAUUCAAUGUUGGAAGGAUCGGUUAUUAUGGAAAUGCAAAAGAGCUUGCUCACCGAAGUGAAUCCCGUAGAAAAACCACCCAGGCGAACCGAAUUGGACAGUACGGGUGAUUUAAUUGAAGAUGGUCAUGACAUGAAGAAGACAUUGCUCGACGAAACGAAUUUUGCUAACCACGACGACGAGACACAUUCAAUUAGUUUAUCUGACACGACGCCUCGAUCGCGUGCUACAUUCAUCGACGAUGGUUACGGAACAAAUUUGCCGCCAGAUCUUCUUGCCUUUCCGAGUCGGUUCACACAAUCACCGUCUCUUCAAAGUUCAAUGUCUAACAUUCAAGAUGGUCGUACCUACGUUAAGUCACCGGUUGCAAGUCCAAUCUACCAGCAUCCAAACAUCUACACCACCAGCCAAAAUGCAGGCUUUCGCACUCUACAACAUCCCAAAAACGCUAGAAAUAUGUCAGUCAUAAACCGAUCGAACUCGCCGUUUACCCCAGCACCCAUAAUGUAUACACCGGUCGUAAUGAAACAGGGCUAUGUGACGAUACCACGAAAACCGCGAACGCCGAGCUGGACGCCAUCGUUAAGUUCAACAUUAACCGAUUUUCCACCAACAUCACCCACAUCAACCAUGUCCGCGGAACUAGCUGAACCGGUUUACGAUAAUUUAGGUCUGCGUACAACCGCAAGCGGUGUGGGUAAAUCAAUGCAGUCGGUGCCAUCUGCAGUGGCCGGCAGUAACAUGUAUUCGAUGAAAGAUCGACCAUUACCUGCAACACCGGCAAAUCGUGAAAUUGGUGCGAUAGACGAAUCACAUGCAUCAUCAAUGUCUAAAGCGGAUGACAACGAUGGACUGUACUUUAACCGAGUACCACAAAUAGUGAAGGGAGGCGCUGAUAAAGCCGUAAAAGUACCUCCAAGACCACCGCCGAAGCCUAAAAAAAAGAAACCGAUUAAUGGUGGUAAUGGCAGCACAAGUCAAUUGUUCGAGGAUGAAUGCGAAGACGGAACAGAGGUGUAGUGAUAAACACAUUUGGCAUCUAAGUAGAUUUUUUUUAGCUUUUUCAUCAAAUAUUCUGAAAAAUUUUAACCGUAACAUUGAGGUAAGGUAAAAAUUUGUAGUAAUUUUAGGGAUUUUUUUUUUAUGCUCUUCAUAAAUAAGGUGAAUAUUUAGGAGAAAACAAUGGAUAUGUAUGUCGGGACCGAGAGGUGAAUGUUUAUUUUAAUCAACAGAAAGUCUAGGCCACAAAUAAAUUUUCGUUUUUAAAAUAUUUUUAUAUUUAAUAGUGCCAACUGAAUAAUUAUCUCCUUAAUUUUUAAGUUUAAUUUAAUUAUUUUUUUAAACAAAAUUAUUUACGUAGCUAGAAUUUUUAUUAGUGAAUUAUGUACGGUAUUACUGUAUUAAACGAUUUCUAAAACACUUAGAACAUUCUGAAUGUGAGACGAAAAGAAAUCACCUACACAUACAGCUCGAACAACAAAACUAUAAGUAAAAAUGUCAAUCUGCCAGUACGCUUGCCUGUUAAAUUACUGAGAUUAUUUCGGCAUAAUAGUUUAACGAGAUAAGAAAACAGGAAAUUCCAACAAGGGUUCAGUUUUGUGGCCAGAGGUGUAAUUUCCCCUUUUCACCCCAGAGGUGACCACGACGUUUCUCAUAUGUGCGAGGUGUGAUUAACCUAUUUUUUCCACGAAACAAAUUGUUGCACAUUUUUUUUGCAAAACAAAAACAAAGGUCACAGUUCGGAGAUAAAUAGUUAUUUACAUAACAGGGGUGUAAUAAGGUGUGUAAUAAGCCACUUUCGGCCAUAGGUAAAAGCAUGUAAAUGUAUGUUUUAUCAACUGUCAAAACAAGGGGGGAGAAAAUGUCAAAGUGAAGAAAGUUAGGUUAAUCACACCGCACAUAUGAUAAAAUAAUUUUACAAUGCAAAUGACACGAUGGCGAAAAAGUCAACGACGUAGGAGAUAAAUCAGGGACAUAAACGUUUUAAUCGAAAUUCGUUUGAGUGAAGAUCUGAAAGGACUGCAAAUAUUGCAUGGCAAUUAACUACAGUGUGUCAUCAAGAAUGCACAACUCAUAGCAACUUGAUGAUGCAUUAGGGCCACCACACUUUAACCAAAUUAAAAAAAUAAAUGAAGACGACAACUACCUACUUUCAUCAUCUUUAACAUACUUAUAUUCUCGAACUCCGAUGACCAUCAACGUUAUUUUGGAAAAAUGUAGUCAUAGUCACCAUAAUAGUACAUUUCGUACCUGGUACUAAAAGUCUUUUACGUCUUGCAUGAAUUGUGAGUGCCUUCAAGUUGAAUAGGCCGAUUGGCCAUACCUGUUUUAGAUACCUUCAUUGCGUAAAGCAACAUUACCCCAACCAUUUUCCUUUGAAAUUCAAACAGUCUCAAUGUCUACAUUUGCUUGUUGUUUUGUCUCGGCAUUAGCACAAUACCAUGUUUCACAAGUUGAUUUUUGCAGCAAUAAUCCUAAUUUCACACUACAACUAACCCAGUUAACACAAGCCCACUUUUGAAAUGUGGUGCUCCCUAAUAAUGUACAUUUUAUGUGCGCAAACGUUUGGACAUUAAAGUGCGACUUAAUGUAUAUUAUAAUUUGUAUACAACGUUUGAUGUGAUUUCGUUGUACAUCUAAAGUACAAAUUACGGAUUACAUUGUUUGUACUGUGGAAUGUGUACACCUUAUGUACAAAUUAACGAGUGUCAGCUUUGUGCUUCGGUCUAUGUAUAUCUUAGAUUGAUAUUCACACAAGGACCAUCUUUUAUACAAGUCUCAGUGGCCUAGUUGGUAAAACUAAGAAAACUCAUCACAAAAAUUAUUUUAAAGAAUUUAGUUGAUUUAUCAUUGUCCAUUUAAUAUACAUUUAGUGUCCAUUUAAUGUACAUUUAGUGUCCAUUUAAUGUACACUUAUUGUACUAUUAAUGUACUACAAGUUUGGAUCAGUUUCAGGAUCAGUCACUUCAGUGCCGGACUGGCCCUAUGGGCGUUCGGGCGAUUCCCGAAGGGCCUUUUGAUUUUUGUAUGGAUAAAUGACAACGAAUGGCUUUUUGAAAAAUUUCUCCAUACAACGCCCGAAGGGCUUUUUUGAGCCAGUCUGACACUGAGUCACUUCGUGUGACGAAUUUGCACCAAAAAAAUAUGAAAAAAGUCCCGCUAGUGUGAAAAAAAUUGCCAUUAAAUGUUCGGAAGGUGAAUUCGGUGUGAUGGGCCCAUUUUCCGAUGGCAUUUCGUAAGACAAAUUGUUAACUGGGUAGGACUACAAAAAUUAACUCUGUACACCGUGCACUACUAUUUUGUGUGUGGCUUCGGCCAGUGACCCAACCCACUCAGAGCAAUGAACUAGGUGUCAACGGAUGUCGACGUAAAGCACUGAAUACAUUUUAUAGGAAGAAACGGUUCCUGGGAAAAGUCAACAUAAAAGAAAUGAUGACACUCCACUGGAACGUAGUUCAUUUUUUUAAUAAAUGUAAUUAGUCGGACUAUUGCUAAUUUAGGAACGGCUUAGUUUACUUACUAAAAGGCUUUUCUUUACUCAACGAAAAUAUUUACCUUUCACGAAUCACGACCGUUAACUCACAUUUCCAUGAUGUAAUUCAACGUAAAAGAGAGAAUUAUAACUGGUACCUGUACAAACCAACAGCCUCAAGCCUUCUAUAAUUAAAGGGAAACAAGCUUGCAA